AUGCGGGCGACUAAUCUACAUUUACCUUCAGUCAUACGUUCGCAAGUUGAUGAUCGACUUCCCAGAGAUCCGACGAAUGUGGUCAAGCAAUCAGUAAGUCCCCGGUACUACCCCUUGUUCAAAUAUUCCUUCACUCACAGUGUCUCCAGGAUCGGCGACUACAAUUUUCCUAAUCUAUACCGGAUGCUUGAGCCUGAGUUUGGCACAUUAUCGAUAUUCCAUGUUGCUAAGGCCUCCAAGCCGCAUAUUAAACGUAUCAUGCACAACGACCUUGGUGUAGAUGAUAGUCAUCUGCUUCGCGGGGAAGUAUUGACCGUCAUCCGGAUCAUGUUGGGUCAACUGAAGCAGAAGGUGUUUGUCAGUGAGAUGGUCGCACCGGUCCUACUCUUUUCUCUGAAUCGACGGCAUCCACGUGUUAUUGAGGCAUACUUUGAUGGCCUGGAGCUGUUGCUGGGUUCAAGACCUUUGCACAAUGGCUCCUGGGAAACCCUAUAG